GGAGUAAAAGUGAUAAUCUACGCUAACAAGGCUAGAGUUGAAGUCGAAACCCGUAAAUGGUUAGAUAUGCCGUAAGAAAAACAAGGGGACAAAGGAAAAGGAAAACUGUAGCUACACAGAGCAGCCAUGUAUUCCUAGAAAGCUUUCAACUUUGAAAAUCGCUGCAGGGCAUUGUAGAACAGAAGGGUUCCAAUGGCACGGAAGGGUCCACGGAAGAAACAAUCGUUUUUCAAGGUCCUACUUGGUGAUUUCUCUAAGCAUCUGCGUAUACCGCAUGCGUUUCUCAAAAACUUAAGUGGACUAUCGCUUGGCAAAUGCGCUCUUAAGGGCCCUAGUGGAAAACGGUUGAUUGUGGAACUGGAAGAGAGAGAGAAUGGCUUGUUCUUCUAUGCGGCGGGUUGGCAGGAUUUUGUGAAGGAUCAUCUUUUACAAGUGGGGGAUUUUCUGGUUUUUUAUUACUAUGGUGAAUCCAAAUUUAAAGUCAAAAUAUACGAUAAAAGUGCCUGUGAGAAGGAUGUAGAGGAAGCCGAUGGGAAGAGUGGCAAUCCAGCUUCCUUGGAAAAUUAUAAGGGAAAUCAAGCUAGAGUAAAAGAGGAAAUUGUUGAAUCUGAAGCUGAAAACUACGAUACAGACUCUGAAAACAAAGCAACUAUUGCUAACAGAAGAAGUGGGAAUGCCAUGUCUGGAAAGAGACCUACAACUGGUUAUGUAAAAGAAACAUCAACCACUUGCUUCACAUUCAAAUCGGAGAAUCCAUGUUUCAUGGAAACUCUGAAGAAGCAUCAAGAAUAUUGUGUGGUGAUUCCAAAGAAACUAGCCAUAUCUGAAGGUCUUUUGAGCAUGGGCACUGUAAUGCUUCGAAAUGAAUCCGGAAGAUCAUGGUGUGCUAAAGUUAUACUUCGUCCCAAGUCAUCUUUCCAUCGCAUGGAAUUGACGACAGGUUGGGCAGAAUUUUGUAACGCAAACCAGAUUUCAGUUGGGGACACUGUCAUUUUUGAGUUUGUCAAGCAAAGCGUAAUUCAAAUUCAUGUUUUCAGAGCAGUGAGAGGCAAGAGGUGUGCUGUGGUACUAGAUACCCUCAAUGUAAAGAACGAAAUCUAGUUAAAAAUGUCUUGACUGCAAUUCACAUCUGCAUUCUGCGCAAACGCAAUCUUCUUGUAUUUUCUGCCCCAGCCACGGGCAGCCAGUCUUCUGUUUCUGUGAUAUAUCUACUGAUUGUUUUGUGGUAGCUUUUUGUUUCUAUGAUGCAGAACUUGAAUUGAGAGAGAUGAGUUGAGUUGAGCUUGUGCACAUGUAAGAUGUUAGCCAUUCAUCCAAGAUGGGACUGAAUUCAAAUGCCAUUUAUAUCUCGUUCUUUAUA